AAUAUUACUGUUCAGAGACUACUCAUACAGCUUUUAUAGCCAAUAUACUACCAUGACAGUAGCAGAAAUACAGAUAAAAAUCAGGACAUCAAUUAAAAAAUUACAAUAAACAAGUAGUGCAACCGAAAGGAUCUAUUUUACAUAAAUAGCUUGAGGCAAUAGUUGUAUCGGGGUGGGACUAGUGAAGGGGUACGGCUAUUUCCUGGACGCUACAACAGAGUCUAACUCGUCUGCUACUGAAUCCACUCAGUACCGGUUGAAAUUAAAGGUUCGUUCUUUUUGAACGAGCACCGCAAGACAAGUGCGUCUCUCGUUUAAACGUGACUUCAUUCGAGUCGUCUUGACCUCUGAAAGAUUUCCAUGGCGUUGGCUUGAUGGGAUGCAGGGAAGUCACAAAGUGAUGGUUUGAAGACUGGCAGUGGGAGAGGUGCUCGCGCGUGGAAUGUUGCGCUGGUCAGUGCACCUAGAAGGAGGGCCGCGGAGAGUCAACCAUGCUGCUGUGGCGGUGGGCCACAAAGUGUACUCCUUUGGAGGCUACUGCUCCGGGGAGGACUACGAGACACUCCGUCAGAUUGACGUGCAUGUCUUUAACACAGUGUCUCUGCGCUGGAUGAAGUUGCCUCCAGUGAGGACAGGAGGACAAGAUCGGCUCUGGGAAGUGCCAUACAUGCGCUACGGCCACACAGCUGUGCUGCUGGAUGACACUAUCUACCUCUGGGGUGGGCGCAAUGACACAGAGGGGGCCUGCAAUGUGCUCUAUGCUUUUGAUGUCAACACACACAGGUGGUUCACACCCAAGAUUUCAGGGACCGUUCCGGGGGCGAGGGAUGGCCACUCAGCCUGCGUCCUGCAAAAAGCAAUGUAUAUAUUUGGAGGAUAUGAACAGCUGGCUGACUGCUUCUCCAAUGAUAUACACAAACUGGACACCACCUGCAUGAUUUGGUCACUAAUUAAUGCAAGGGGCACUCCAGCACGUUGGAGAGACUUCCACUCAGCCACAAUCAUCGGAACAAAGAUGUUUGUAUUUGGGGGUCGAGCAGAUCGUUUCGGUCCUUUCCACUCCAACAACGAAAUCUAUUGCAACAAGAUCAAAGUAUUUGACACUGAGACCAACUGCUGGCUGAGCACGCCUUCAACACAGCCACUGCCAGAGGGACGCAGGAGUCAUUCUGCCUUUUGCUACAAUGGAGAGCUGUAUAUAUUUGGAGGAUACAAUGCUCGCCUAGACCAGCACUUCAAUGACCUCUGGAAAUUCAAUCCAGAAGCCUUUUCGUGGAAGAAAAUAGAACCCAUGGGAAAAGGCCCAUGCCCCCGAAGACGGCAGUGCUGUUGCAUGGUGGGAGAUCGGAUUAUCCUUUUUGGUGGAACGAGUCCAUGUCCAGAGCAAGGAAUGGGGGACGAAUUUAACCUCAUGGACCAUUCUGACCUGUAUAUAUUAGACUUCAGCCCUAAUUUGAAGAUGUUAUGCAAAAUAGCUGUGAUUCAGCACAGUCUGGAUCAGUCAGGACUCCCACAUGAUAUCAGGUGGGAAUUGGCAGCCAUGACCACCAACAGCAACAUCAGCAGGCCAAUCUUCUCCUCCCACGGCUGAUUGUACCGACCCCGCCGGAACCUCUGUUUCUAGAUACGGGGCUUUCUAAUCAACUCUGACUGGGACUGUUCUCAAACCUCAUUUUAAAACUUUGGAUCUUUUUCCACCCCUCCUGAAAUUAAUCUAAACAAACUAUACAAAAAAACCCUGCCUAUGACUUCCCAGGACGCCACGACCUUUCUGACAUCCUGUGGAAUUUAAAAUCCUACUGACACUAAAUCUGUGAGGUUUCUCUUCUUUUUAGCCUCUUUACAAGUCCAAUCAGCCUAUGAUAAUCAUAGAGGGAAACUCUUAAGCACAGAGAGAGACAUGAACAUUAGCCAAAGGUCUUGAGAGACGGCCUCUCGGUGGAGAAUGCUGCACUCAACAGAGCUCUCUGGAGAAAAUCAAAUGUGAACCUUCUGAGAGAAUGAGGUGACGAAGUUUGAAAAAAAAAAAAAAAGAUAUUCUAAAAAAAGGUUGAGACACUGGGUAUAAUGUGAAAAAUACAAAAUCAAUUCUUCUUUCUGAUCCAUAAUACAAUACCAGACAUUUAAGUUCAGCUUAAUGUCCAAGAGAGUGGCACUGAACCCUGAUGAAUUACCAUUUAUUUACAGAGGACAGUAAAUUUUGAAGGUUUGAAAAUAAUUAUUUUUCUUUUUGCAUUUAAUACAAGAGUUUAUAAAAGAUCAGUCAGUGCUGCAGAUGAUUGCAGCCUGUAUGGUGUUAUUUUAAUAAUUUAUUUAUUUUAAUGUUUCACUUCUCAUCAAAUAACUUCAAACAAUAUUCCUGUUGAUAAUUGGUCUUCCCAUCCAAAAGGUUAUAGUAAAUAUUGAUCCAUGUUUCUCUUGCCUAUGUUAAUAAUCCCUAUCCUAAUCCCGAAACUUGUUUUAUGGUGAAAGUAGAAUUUGUUUUUGAAAAUACCAACUUUGAAAUUGUGACGAUGGCUUGUAGAGUGCCUCAAGAACUAAACUUUUGUGAACACUAUUUAUCAGUCUGCAGUCCCUUACAAUCUGUUUGUAGUUGUGUCAGCCACAGACUGACUCACUGCCCCACACCUGGUAAGACUAGCACCUGCAGUUAAAGCCUCCACAAAUGGUAUUUUAAGCUUGAAGUGCUUUGGUGAAACAAAAACUCUUUGCUGCAGUGUAUUUGAAUGACAGUUCAUUUUGACAGCCCUGAUUUCAUAGUGUUUACAUUACUGUAGCUUUCAUAACCAUCUUGCCUUGUAUUAAAUGAGAUAUGGGUCAGAAAGGAUUUAGAAGUUUCCAUUGCCAAGUGUCUCAUCCUGUUUAAAUUGUGGUUUCAUAUCUUGAAGUUCUACCUUGUUCUUAUAACAAUGUUUAAUUACCAUAUCUAUGUAUGGUAGGCCUUUAUACUGAAUAUCUAACCAUACCACAGUGGUGUGACAUGCAGGAGGAGAGUCGUUGAUACUGCAGUAUUGGGAUGAUGUUACUUUUGUGGACAGUUGUCUUUUGGUUUGAUUGUUUGAUUGAUGUUGGUUCGAUUAUUCACUUGCUCGUCUCUCUCAUAUUUUAAGUGUCUCAAGUCCAAGGUUGAGCUCAGUCCUGUACAACAGUCAGGUCUGUCUACCUCCCUCAACACAUGACCAGGAUCAUUGAGUUUAUCAUAGUUUCUGACACUUGAAAACAUUUUUCCCUCAGAAAAAAAAGUCAGUUUUUCUGGAUUUCUUCUUUUACUUGUGACACUUUUCUAUUCAGUGCCAAAUGUUAAAAGAAGUCAUGAUGAUAAUAUAUUGAGUUGUGUGAGUUUCCACUUGCUUCAUUCUGCCUGAUGUGUUCAGGGAACUCAACGAAUAUAUAUAUGCAUAGUGUAACUGUUCCUCUUAUAGACAAUCCUGCAGAGUCAGAACACUUUCUCUAUAAGAACCCGCGUCUUUGGAGUAAAGACAGAGAGGAAAGUGUGAUUUUGUGAUUACAUCUAUGUCAAUAGCAGAGAAAUGGCCAGUGUUGUAGAUGCAUAAGGGCUGUAGAAUUCCUCAAACUCAGAAGAGAUCAAUAUAAUAAUAUCAAUAAGGGCAAGAUUGAUGAUAUUUGAUAUUUUUACUCCUGUCAGCCGACAGUUUUAUUUUAACAUUAAAGCAAAGCUAUUGAGGUUGGCUUUUAAAUACUUCUUCCCCUUACAUUAGAGGAGGAUUAUAAGAAAACAUAUGAUAAAUCUCUUCUUUUUCACAGCCAACUUUUAAGGCAAUCAAUUUUACUUGAAUGAUCAUUUACGAUCAUAGUGUAAUUUUUUUUAGAAAGAAAUCCAACAUUUAAGUCUAUAAAAACGUCCCUGUGACAGAUGUUCAGUGACAUUUUGUCUUUAAGUGAAGGAGAAACCUCUGUUUUAUCCAGUCAUUUAGGGUCCAGAGCCCCCACUUUUAGAGACCUGGCAUCGACUCUUAUAAAUAAUAUUAUGGUAAUAAGAUCUGAAGGAUGAAAGUGUCUUCUUAUUUAAACCAUUGAACUUUAUAGGUAAGUGGCUGUGACUUAGCACAAAGCCCAAAAAAAUAAGAAGAAUAAAAAAAAUCAAUCCUAUGAAGAGGAGCUGUGUUACCACACACUUGUGAGCUGCAUCAGUGUUGUUCGGUUCUUGUCUUCAGGCCGGACCGUUCAAUCAAAUCCUGAUUUCCUCUGAUUGGUUGACUUGUUUCCCCGACACGAGGGCUCGAAAAUGCUGACCUACAGUCCCAACAUUUUUUUGUUUAUAACUCUGUCAUUUCUUUCUGUAAAGUCGUGUAAAAUGAUCUCACAUGCAGCUUGAAGUGGUCGGCUGUAACUGCACUAAAGCCAAACGUGGCACUUCAGGCCUUACACAGAGGAGACGCGUGCUGAUGCUGCUUUUUGCCCAAGUGGACUCUGAGUGGACUCCACGCAGUUUGAGUCGUUCACCUGCUUGAACCGAGUCGGAGCGUUACGCACAGACUGGUGGUGCCAAUAUGACACAGUAAAACACAGGGAAUAUUGCACAUUUAUGAAAGGAAUAACGAAAAAAAAAACUUCUGGUGAACAAACUAUACUGACAGUGAAGCGCUGUCGGCAGAACUGAUGUGUUUGUUUUUUGAUGUGUGGUGUGGGAGUUGUUUUUAUUUCAGGAUUUUGUUCUUUGCUUGAAAAUAACAGGUGGUGGUAUUUGAAAUGAAUUUUCAGGGGUAUGACCUUGAGGAAUAUACGUUGUAGACACUAUGGUUUAAAAAAAAAAUUAAAUACCUGCAUAAAAACAAUCUUUGAUUACCGCCAGUCGUUGAAUUUUACGUUUAGAAGAAAACAUUUUUCACUUUGUAUUCACAGUCUCUGAGCCUCUCUCUUGCUUAUAUCACUUCAUAAAAGAUAAUAAUAAAACCUUUUACAAGUAGUGCAGUAAAAUCCCACCAUGUUGGCUCUGGCAUUACCAAUUUAAAUAUUUUUGUUUGUGGUGCAGGUUGGUAACGAUGCUUUUCAGAAACAGCGGUGUUUGCCAAGCAGAAGUCUGUGACUCCACUCAUGCCAAGAAAUGUCUGCUCUCUUUUCUUUGUGCUCAUUUUUUCACUUUGACUUCAUAUUACAACCGUUUAAGAUCAAGCUCUAUAGUCCAUUAAGCUUGGGUCAGGACUUCCUGUGCAAUAACUGGUGUCAAUAAAAGAACGUUUGAGUUGU